CACUGCAUGUGCCGUCGAGGCCCGUUUACCAGCGGAAACUGGAGAGCAGCGUGAUAGCGUGGUGUUGUCGCUCGGGAUCGUGUCCUGCCGGUUGAUCGCAGUUCAGCAAAGGUAACAGUGAGUUAUUCGCAAUGUCAGAGAUAUCGGAAUCGGAAUCGGACUCGGAGUACAUUUCGUCCGACGAGGAGCUGCAGAAUGCCUUCGCGAAGGGAUUACUGAAGCCAGGGCUCAACGUCGCGGUCAAGACGAGGGACAAGCAACCCAGGAAUUGCGUCAGUCUCAUGAAGCAAAAGGUGGACGAGAUGAAGCUGGACUUGCCGUGGGUCGAGAAGUUGGAUAUGGUAAACGCGCCCGCACCGUUGGCCCCGGAAUUGGUGCUUCAAAUGCAGGACCAAGAGAUCAGGCGGGCCAAGCAGCUGCAGGGAAAUAGGAAGUUACCUCAGUACAAGCCGUCCGAGGAUCCUGUCCUGAAUGACUUUCGUAGGGAGAACAUGUUUCACCGUCAAGCCCAGGAUGCUGUUAUGAAUGGUAUCUUAUGGCUAAGAAAGCUCGGUAUAGUGACGUCUAGACCGGACGAUUACUUCGCCGAGAUGGCAAAGUCCGACCAGCACAUGCAGAGAGUGCGGGAGAAUUUGAUGAAGAAGCAGGCGAUAGCGCAGAGGUCGGAGAAAGUGAGGCAGCUGAGACAACAGAAGAAGGUCGCGAAGCAGACGCAGAUCGAGACGACGCUAAAGAAGCACGCGGAGAAGAGGAAAUUUAUGGAAGAGGUUAAGAAGUAUCGUAAGGGCGUACGGAAGGAUCUCGAUUUCUUGGACGACAAGAAGAAGCCGCAGGGUAAACACGCGGGUCGCGGGAUGAAUCCGAAGGCGCAGUUAAAGGUGAAAACGAAGGCGGCCAAGUAUGGUUACGGAGGUAAAAAGCGUGGUAGCAAAUGGAACACGAAAAGCAGCUCGGCCGACGUUUCCGAGUACAGACGACCGACGAGGCCGGGAGACGGCAGAAGGGGAAAGGGUGGGAAGGGAAAGCAGAGAUUAGGAAAGAGCCGUAGGACGCAAAUGAAAACAAAGAGGAAGUCGUGAAGAUUCUGUAGUCAGUAAGUAUCGCCAGUAAUGAUCAUACAUAUUAUAUGAUUAUUACACGAUGACUAUUUACAUGUUAUGUCUUUUUUUGUAUAAAAAUAGUGUAAUAAACUACAAGAUACCGUUCA